UAUAAACAUCGCCUCUUUACCUCAGAUCUGUUGCUUUGUUGUCUUCUCAGUAAUUUUGACGAAUCGUCGUCAUGAAUAUGGCGAUUAGGGUUUAUCUGCUUCUUUUCAUCGUUCUCUCUUACUCCUACACCGCUUUCUCUCUCUAUGAAGACCAAGUCGGCCUUAUGGAUUGGCAUCAACAGUAUAUAGGCAAAGUGAAGCACGCAGUUUUCCACACACAGAAGGCGGCGAGAAAGCGCGUUGUCGUAUCCACUGAGGAAAACGUCGUCUCCUCGCUUGAUCUUCGCCAUGGCGAGAUUUUUUGGAGGCAUGUUUUGGCACCCAGCGACGUCAUCGAUCAAAUUGACAUAGCUCUCGGAAAGUAUGUCAUUACCCUGUCAUCUGGGGGAAGUAUCUUAAGAGCCUGGAACCUUCCUGAUGGUCAGAUGGUGUGGGAGUCAACUCUUCUUGGCCCAAACGCUUCGAAGCCAUUAUUGCUAGUUCCGGCUAAUUUUAAGGUUGACAGGGAGAAUGUAAUGUUUGUCUAUGGAAGUGGAUUUAUUCAUGCUAUCUCAAGCAUUGAUGGUGAAGUUAUCUGGAAAAAGGAAUUAGCUUCUGAAGGGAUCAAUAUCCAACAACUAAUUUAUACAGAUGGGAAUGAUACAAUCUCUGCAGUGGGUUUUGUUGGUACCCACUGGUUCGGUGCUUAUAUAUUAGAUGUUAAGAGUGGCGAGCUGUUGAAAUAUAAGAGCAUGGAGUUUACCGGUGGUUUUUCUGGGGACUUGUCACUUAUGACUGACGACACAGCAGUAGCAAUAGAUUCUAUUGGUACAAGCUUGGUUACUAUACAAUUCCACGAUGGGCUGAUUAGCUUCCACCAGACACUUCUCUCUCAUCUCAUCCAAGAUUUUCAAAGGGCAGCUGUUAUAUCACCAUCAAAUAUUCCGGGAGCGUUUAUUUUAGAAACUGAUAAUUCUGUAACCCUUAUUAAAGUUAUGAGUAGAGGUGAGUUGAAGGUUGUUGAAGAACUUGGUCAUGCAACUGCUGUGAGUGAUGCUCUCUUUCUCCCAGGAGGCCAACAGGCAUUUGCUUUGGUUCAGCAUCGUGAUGGUAAGAUUCUGCUGACUGUGAAGCUUGAUAGUGAUGAUGGAACGUCCAAUUUACUUGAGGAAACAAUUCAUUUGGAUAAUCAAAGGGGAAAAGUACAAAAGGUUUUCAUCAACACAUAUGUCCGCGUGGACAGGUCAAAUGGAUUCAGGGUUUUGAUUGUCAUGGAAGACGAUUCGUUAUUUUUGUUACAGCAGGGCGAGAUCGUCUGGAGUAGAGAAGAUGGACUUGCCUCCAUUGUGGAUGUAAAACCCGUAGAGUUACCCGUUGAAAAGGAUGGUGUAUCAGUGGCAAAAGUAGAGAACAACCUUUUUGAAUGGCUUAAGGGUCAUCUGCUGAAGCUCAAAGGAACUCUAAUGAUAGCAACCCCUGAUGAUGUGGCAGCCAUACAGAAGAUGAGGUUACAAAGCUCUGGGAAAAGCAAGAUGACUCGGGACCGCAAUGGGUUCAGGAAGCUUCUUAUAGUACUUACACGAGCAGGGAAACUUUUUGCACUGCACACUGGAGAUGGGAGAAUUGUGUGGUCGCGGUUACUUAGGACUCUUCGCAAGUCAGAGACAUGUCAGCGUCCUAGAGGGAUUAGCUUACAUCAGUGGCAGGACCCUCAUCAUCAUGCUUUGGACCAGAAUCCAUCUGUUCUGAUUGUUGGAAGAUGUGGAGACAGUCUAGAUUCUGCUGGAUUGCUAUCUAUUGUCGAUGCGUACACUGGGGAGGAGCGCAAUCAUAUGGAACCUGUUCAUUCCAUUGUGCACGUUAUUCCAUUGUCUUUUACUGAUUCACUGGAGCAGCGAUUGCAUUUGCUAUUAGAUACCAACAGGCGUGCUCACUUAUAUCCGAGAACUACUGAGGCUCUUGAUAUUUUUCAGCGAGAAUCAGGGAACAUAUACUGGUACUCUGCUGAAACUGAAGAGGGUACUCUAAGGGGUCAUAGUGUGCAUAAAAAUUGUGUUCUAGAGGAGGCAGAUAACUUCUGUUUUGACUCGAGGGACUUAUGGUCAAUUGUGUUACCCUCAGAGUCAGAAAAGAUUGCUGCAACUGCAACAAGAAGUUUAAAUGAGGUAGUUCAUACACAAGCAAAGGUGACAGCAGACCAGGAAGUCAUGUACAAAUAUGUUUCAAAAAAUCUGCUGUUUUUGGCAACUGUUGCACCCAAAGCUGUUGGUCCUAUUGGUACUGUUACCCCGGAUGAAUCAUCUCUGAUUGCUUAUUUGAUUGAUACGGUAACUGGUCGUAUUUUGCACAGAGUGACCCAUCAUGGUUCUGUAGGUCCUGUUCAUGCUGUGUUCAGUGAAAAUUGGGUUGUGUAUCACUACUUCAACCUAAGAGCACAUCGAUAUGAGAUGUCUGUCAUUGAAAUAUAUGACCAAGCUCGUGCGGAAAACAAAGACGUGUUGAAGCUUGUUCUCGGGACACAUAAUCUCACUUCUCCUAUAACAGCUUACUCUCGCCCUGAAGUCUCCACAAAGUCACAGUCGUAUUUUUUUGCACAUUCUCUGAAAACAAUGGCGGUAACAUUAACGGCCAAAGGUAUUACUUCCAAGCAGGUUCUUCUUGGCACAAUUGGUGAUCAGGUGUUGGCUCUUGAUAAGCGGUUCUUAGACCCCCGGAGAACAGUUAAUCCUACUCAAGCCGAGAAAGAAGAAGGAAUUAUUCCUCUUACUGAUUCAUUACCAAUUAUACCUCAGUCUUAUGUAACUCAUGCUCUUAAGGUGGAAGGUCUCAGAGGCAUUGUAACAGUUCCUGCAAAGCUGGAGUCAACCACCCUUGUUUUUGCUUAUGGCACAGAUCUCUUUUUCACUCGGCUUGCACCUUCUAGAACAUAUGAUUCUCUUACUGAGGAUUUCAGCUACGCGCUGCUUCUAAUCACUAUUGGUGCCCUUGUUAUUGCAAUUUUUGUUACCUGGGUUUGGUCCGAGAAGAAAGAGCUUCAGGAGAAGUGGAGGUGAGUGGAAUGGUUUUGAAGUUCAUGUUAGCUUUCCGACACUCUUAGUCCAUGGGUCAUUUGUCGUCGGACAAAGUAACCUUUGUAACAUGGUCACUCUAGUCUGGUUUAACUAGUUCAAGUCGUGAUGGUUAGAUAUAUCUACCUACCCAAUGUUGUAAAACAGAAUGACAGGAAAUCAGAAACAGAUACAAAGAGUAGGCUUGAUUUCCGUUAUAGUCAACACCAACGCAUAAAUUUUGGACUGAUGAAGCUAGUUGAAGUUUCUAUAGUAUUUUCAGGAUUUUAUGAUGUAUUGUUGGACAUUUCUACGGAUUUCAUUCUCAGAGAACUAUUGUAUUUCUCACAAUUUCAUACAUUGUAUUCAUGUGAUCCAUAUUAACUCA